AUGGCAAGCUCGCACGAUGAUGAAGAAUGGGACAAGAGCACAUCCGAAAUCCAGUCUGAAGACUCGGACGAUCUGCACGAGAACCGCCCCAACCGCUGGAAAGGUCCCCCGCAGAGCUGGCGCACCAUCACAGAGGAGGAGCGCCUUGCUUACAAUGCCCUCUUAAGACUGAGAAAUGAUGACCUGUCGCUGCACUUGUAUAAUGCCUGGGCCCUUAAGCAGCGGGCGGCAGCUGCAGAGGAGGGUUCUAGCCAGGAAGAGGAUGUUGAUGCAGAGACAGGCCGACCUGUCCGUAGCAACUCAUGGGCCCCGCCUAGGAAUUGGACUGCCUGGCCUCUUCCCACACAUCUGCUACCGCCGGAUGAUUUCAUGAAGAUAGUCGACGACGAGGAUGAGGUCUUCACUUUCCGGCACCCGGACGAGCAAUCGCCCCGCUCCAGACUCGAGGAGGUCGUGUCGGCGACCACGCUGAGAUUUGCCAAAGAACGCUUACGGCGACGGGGCAUUGCCGAAUCAUCUCAUCAAGGCGACGACAGUACUGUCAAGACGGAGCCCUCCGCAUCUGAGAAUGAGUCCCAGCCGAGCGAAUCAGGGGACCACGGCGAGGAUGAUGAGAGUAUGGACAUUGACCAGAAAUCAGAAGGUCGACCAAACCGAAAGCAGAAGGCUCCCGUGAAGACUUGCAAGCCUGUGGUUGCUACGGAUGAUGACGUUUCAUACGACCUCAUACGGCCCUCCACGCGAAGGAUUCUCGGGAAGUUUGAUGAUACUUUGACUAUUUUGCACAACGCUCAAAUGCCGAGUGCCCAACAUCUUGAAGGCUCUGAAGAGUCAUCCUCUGAAAGAGACGAAGCAGAUGAAUCCGUGAAAAAGAAGUCCAACCGCGGCCGACCACGCAAGUACGUACAGAAGGAAGGCGAAAGCGAGAGGGACUUCCUCAUAAGACGAGGAAAAGCUCUCAAAGGGACAGUGAGAAUACCACCGACCGACGAAGAGAACGACGACCAAGCCACGACCGCCGCGGGCUCGAGCCAGAAUUCGCCACGCAAGCGCAGUCCGAGCGGAAAAAGACGCCGCAAAACCGUGGCAGAGGACAGGGAGCACGAAAAGCAUAAGAAGCUCGAGCGUUCCAACCUGCUGGACUGGAAGGACGUCAUGGGCGCGGCGGCGCUGGCGGGAUUCCCGCCCGACGUCGUCGCCCGGGCGACACAGAGGUGCGCCAACCUGUUCGGCCAGGGAAUGGAGAUGCAUAAGAUCGAUGAGACGGCAGCUGCAUCAGGAGCCAGUGGGGUGGUGACAACGAUGUAUCAGCCCGGAGGAGAAAUGCCCCCGAGCAGCUCUGAGGCCCAGGAGGACGUUGGCGAUCUCGACCUCCGCCAGGCGCGAUCUAUGAGUCGGCAUUCCAGCGCGGCCUUGAGCAGGAUGACUUCUCCGACAUCAGAUGAUGAGGGCGAUGAAGAGGGAGCUUCGCCCAAAAAGCCUCAGAAACGAGCAACAUCCCGAGGCAAGGGGCAACAUUUCUGCCUGUACGAAGACUGCGACAGAGCCUUAGAAGGCUUCGACAGACCCUUCAAUCUCAAGAGGCAUAUGAAACUCGUCCACGGCCAAGACAGCCUGGAGAUUGCCGAGAAGAAGGAAGCUGCCACGGAUGACAUGAUUGGAGGUGUUCAUCGUGACGGAUUUCUUGAGCCCAUACGAGUUCAGAAAGGCUGGAGGGCUGAGGAUACUAAGAAGAGGGCCAAAAAGAAUUCCUAG